AUGCCACUCCAUCUUCUGGGGAAAAAGUCCUGGAACGUCUACAAUGAAAAGAACAUCGCCCGUGUCCGUCGCGAUGAGGCUGCCGCACAGGCCGCCGAUGAGGCUGAAGAGCAGCGCAUGCAGGAGGUUGAUGCCGCGAGACGCCUAGCUAUUCUGCGCGGCGAGGAGCCGCCUCCUCUUGAGGAUGAGCAGCCAAGGGAGGUUGAUUUGACCCAUAGCCGGGAUUCCUCAUCCUUUGCAGACAGGCCCAAGAAGAAGAGAAAGCGUGCCGGCGAGGAUGACACUGAAUUUGAACUCCGUCUUGCGCAUGAGAGGAAUGAAGCCCAGUAUGGCAAUCUUGAGGUCAGCAAGAAGCCAUCCAGCUCGGCUCCUAUCAUGGAUCGCUCUGGGCACAUUGAUCUCUUUGGCGAUGAACGCGCCAGAGCCCAUGGUGAGAAGAACGAGGAAGCGGAGAAGGAGGCCAAGAAAAAGAAGCGGGAGUUUGAAGAUCAAUAUACUAUGCGCUUUUCGAAUGUUGCUGGGAGGGAUGGACUGACACAGAGUCCCUGGUAUUCCAAAUCCGAUAUGUCAGCACCUUCGCAGCCGACAAAGGACGUUUGGGGGAAUGAUGAUCCGAAGCGGAAGGGCAGAGACGACCGGCGCCUGGCCGCCAAUGACCCCUUAGCAGCGAUGAGAAGUGGCGCAUCCAAAGUUAGGGAAUUGAAGGCUGAAAGGAAGAAACUUCAGGCUGAAAGAGAGGAGGAACUUAGGCAAAUGCGCAGAGAACAACGGCACAAAGAGAGAAGGGAGAGGAGAGAUGAUCAGAUCACCGGAGGCACAGGGAUCGAUCAUCUGAGAGAAAAGAAGACGGCGAAAGACAUAGCGACCGAAGAAGAGAGAGUCGCCGAGAUCGAAGCCCAGAGAGGAGGAGACGACACAGAUCGCAUUCACCAGAACAUGGUCGGAGUCGUCAUCGGUCUGUGA